AUGACUUCUCUCGUUCCCUCUCAUCCUCAUUUUCCUUCUUACAUCAACAUCUCAUUACCUACGACAAUACAUUCUGAAACACUGCCAUCGGAACAAGUGCAAGCACAAGGACACGCACAGACACAGACACAGCAACGGAUAGACCCUUGUUUUGCCAUUACUAAAUAUCCACUCACAAACAUUGAUGCGCCUUGUAUCUCUGCUACUUUCGCAUCACUCUACAGAGCCAUUCGUAUCUUUGCUGUCUUCUAUAGCACUCCCGCGACUUCCGCCUGUAGUGGCAGUGCACAAACAGUCUCGCCAACACUUGCCUUUUUCCUUUUCCUGAGCAUCAAUUGUCUCUUGUCUUCUUUAUCUUCUCCUUCCCCCCUUUUCCCAUCCUCCAAACAAUCUCUGCUUCCAUCCUUGGCUUUAUAUCAUCCAUUGAUGCUAUUCCAGCCAUGCGAAGCAGUUUCAUACAAUGUUAAUUCAAACCAACGCAGCGAUGUUCCUUCCGACGAUCUUCCACCACUCAUUGGACCUGAUUUUGCAUAUACACAGCAUACACCGCUCGGUAAUCUUGAGCAUGCACGUGAAUAUGCAGAUGGUGCGUUGAUGACACAAAAGCUCAUUGCUGCGCCUAUUGUCCCAAUCGAUCGCCAGAUGUGGGUCGGGGUCGAUACGAGGACAGCCUACUUUGGCAACAACUUUGGUGGAGAAAAGAUCAACCAGGCAAUAGACGGCAUCACUUGCUCGACAGGCGAGGAUUUGCUGAUGCUCCUUCAGGGUUUGCAGAAUUGGAUCGAGAAAACAUCUGAGAAUGAAUAUGAGGAUGUGGUCUUGAUUAUUCUCAACUUGAAUGAACUUGCCAGCAAUACUCUAGGAUCUCAAUUACCCUUACGUUCACCUACACCUUCAUCACUCCUACAACCCAUGCCAUUGCCAACUUCAACCGAUAAUUCUAAUACCAGAAAGUCAACACCGGUAGGCAACGGUACGACCGUAGGCCUUAAAAAUGGAACUUUUUUCGAGUCAGUCGCUUCGCUGAACACCAAUCGUAUGAUCAAGGCGCUACUACCUGACAGGCAUUCCCUUCAUGAUCUCUUUACUGACGCAUUUCCUUCAUUGAUCUACAGUCCUAUAUUGCUACAAAAGGACCGCGAGGAUUUGAUGUCAAGCUGGUGGAAAUCGGGCGUUGUAGGACUGGAUUAUUAUAACACAACGACGGAUCCUCUUUCGGGCCGUAUCAUGACUCCGACGGGUUGGCCGACUAGUGCUUAUUUAACUGAAGUGAUCAAGCGGCGGAUUGUGGUCGGGAUUGGUUCAAAUAACUUAUCAGACAACUCUACUUACAAUAUCAUGGAUGACUUUACAACCCUGUAUGCACCUGGGAUGCUAGGCCCUUCCAUGAUGAAUAGCAGUCUGCUUCAGGUGUCAACCUCAUUGAACCUGAGUACCUGUGACUCCCCAGUGCCAGGAGUUGCUAUGGUCCCAACAGGUGCUGAAACGAAUUCCUCCGUUAUUAAGGAGCCGAAAGAGGAUGGUAUUAAGAAUGGCGACAACCUGAAGACUAUGAAUGUGACAUGGUCGUUUUCGAGUAUGUCAGAUAGCGAUCUUUUGCCGUGGUCAAAUACCUCUAUUCAACUUGCUACUACCUGUGGAUUUUCUACCUUGGUAAAGGGUCGAUCACCGAUACUAACAUUCUCGGAGCAAACAGCGAUGACCAUCUGGUCAUGGGAUAUAAACCAACCACCACCAAGUCAAAUACGAAGUCGGGACCGUCGUUGUGGGGCUAUGCAAAUUAAUGGGCGCUGGGCUGCACAAGAUUGUAAUAUGAAGCUACCAGUAGCCUGUCGUCGGGUCAAUACGUCUAGUGUGUGGAUCAUUUAUGACCAAGGCGCUGCGAACUACAGGGAUGUCACAUGUCCCGAAGGCUACGCAUUUGAUGUACCUCGGACUGCCCGUGAGAACCAUCAGCUAUAUUUGACAUUAUUGAGCUACUGGAAUGCAGCAGCACCUGCAUUCUCAAUCAAUCGCUCGCAACGUAGAGAGCACUUGAAAAAGGCGGAAGGCAAAUAUCUGACUGAGAAACUUUUGAACAACGGAAAUAUGCCUUUUAACAAUAAGAGACACGAUCAACAAUAUCAGGACCAGGACAACUAUGCAGAUGAUGAAGAAGAAGGCACUGAUGGGUCCUAUCCUUUGCCGUCUACUGUAUCAUACGCGCGAAAUGGCCAUGGAACUUCAUUUCUCAACCGUGAGAUACUGAAUUUAACAACCUCAAAUGCGCUAUCUAGAUCAGGGUCCACUCUUCCGUUGAGUGGAGGCAUCCCCGGUGCUGGGAUGGUAUGGAUCGAUAUCUCAAGCUGGCAGACAGCGGGAUGCUGGGUCCCCGGAGGUAUCCAUGGGACCUGUCCAUACCGUCCACCUGAUAAUACAGUGGCACUUCAAGAGAUUAUCAAGGUGUCAACCAUCGGAGGUGUGAUUGUACUGGUCUUGAUGGGCAUGUUUCUUUACCUAAAAUGUCGACGCAACGUGCGUUUGCGCAAGGCCAACAAGCGCCGCGCAAAUGUACGCAAUAUGAUCAUACGGACCGAGGUCGAGACGGUACCUGCAUAAAUGGCAAUUAGAUUAUUAGUGAGCAUACCUCAUCCAGUACCAGUCGCUUCUCAUUCUCAAAUCCAGGUAUGCUCUUUUACUCUGAUCAGCUCACAUGUUGUAGUAAACAAUCAACUGAAGGCAACAGGUUAACAAACUGAAGCGUUAGACCCAUAUGGUAAUAAAAUUCAAAUCAGAAUAUGG